AUGUUUUCGCGUGGGUGGGAGAUUGGAGGGGAGGCGCGGGAGUGGCGACGUCAGCUGAGGGCGUGGGAGGAGGAGUUGUUGGGGGAGUGUCAGGCUUUUCUACUUACCAUCUCUUUGCAGGAUCAUGUUUCAGACAGGUGGCAGUGGCGAACUGACCUUGAUGACGGUUACACGGUUCGUGGUGCUUAUCAGCUCUUGACGAGUCAGGAUGACGUUACUCUGGAUGCUGCGUCAGGUCUUAUCUGGCACCGUCAGGUUCCUUUGAAGGUUUCCAUUUGUGCUUGGCGACUCUUGCGGGACAGGUUACCUACAAAAGCAAACCUGGUCACUCGAGGGAUUUUAUCUACGGAGGCGCAUCUUUGUGUUUUUGGUUGCAGGGAGGUUGAGUCGGCUCAGCACUUGUUCCUCUAUUGCAGCUCUCUUGGUUCUCUUUGGUCACUGGUCAGCUCAUGGAUUGGUUCUUCUUCAGUGACUGCUCAGACUCUUCCAGAACACUUUGUUCAGUUUACGGAUUCAGCAGGUGGUUCUAGAGAUCGACGUUCUUUCAUGCAGCUCGUUUGGCUUGUUUGUGUUUGGGUUGUGUGGACCGAAAGAAAUCAUCGAUUGUUUACAGGCUCAGCAAAUUCAGUGCAUCAUAUGGUGGAUAAGAUCAAGACGUUCUCUCAUAAUCUGGCCAAUGAGAAAGCAGUGUUGACUCAGUCAACAACACUUUGA